AUGGCGGAUAAUGAUGUUGAUCUUUCUGAGUGGACCGACUUCUUCGAAAACAGCCAGCUUUUCGCACCAACUGGCUUACCAACCGAAGGCGACAACAACUCGACGUGCGUGUUGAACAAACUGGGCGGACUCGCUUUUUCGUCAGAAAAGGUUCAACAAGAAUUCCGCGGCAAUGCCCCUUCCGGAGACGAACCUUUCGAGUUAUUGGGCCUCGACCAGGCGGUUUCCUCAUCCCAUGCCCUUCAAGACAUUCUCAACACCUUUGGUGUUAAUCCAGAUACCUGGAGUAUCUCGCCCAUUCUACCCGAUCAGGACGAGACAGAAGCGCCUGUGGACAUAAUGGAGCCCCUUCGCCUCAUGAUCCAAGAACUCCGCGAUGCGGCUGGAGUUUCCGCUGAGAUCGAACAUGAAAAUCGGAAUGGCCUGUGGAUAAUCCCGAAACAGGAAACCGCUCUGGCGAUCACUGUUGGGCUGGCGUUCAAGAUAAAUCUCAACCAAGUGGUGGAUAUCGGAAAUAAUAUAGUCGACAAGCUGAACGAGUUAUUCGGUCUGAAGCUCAGCGAGUUGAACUUCAGCGGGCUGGGAAAAUUGAAAAUUCGCAUCAAGAGCAGAACCGUCAUCUCCAAGACCGAGGGUGACAAUGGACAGACAGUCUGGGAAGAUCCUUCUACUCUCUACGAGUUCCUUUUCCAAUUCCCUGUAUUUGGGCUGUUGCUCAACUUCCGCAUAACGUAUGUUGGCGAGUUCGAGUUUUCCGUUUCUGAGGAUCCAAGCGACACCAGGUCCAUGUUCGAGAAGAUCGCGAGUCUCAUUAAGCAACCACCGUCUGCAGAUGACGCCGAUCCUACCACGGACGACCAGGGCUUCUCCAUAACGCCUCGGCUGUGGAACCUGACGGUGACGAAAACCGACUCUGCGUUCGAAUGGAGCAUAGCUUUCCUGGUCAAACUCAAGAUAAGCGCGGAAUGGGACACCCUCACAAUGGCCUUGACGUACAACGGCGCGAUCGGGACGUUUACCGGCCGCCUCAUCUUCAAAGGGACGUUUAAUGAGCCAUCGCUGGACGUCGAGUUUGAUGAGAUAUGGGACGUCCCGACCGAUUUCUACCCUGACUUGACCGAUCGAUUCGACUUCCGCAGCAUUCCCCAAUUCGAGUCGCUGCCAAACUCCUUUCCCACCAAUUUGACCGAAGCUUCCUUCGAGUACACCAAGGGAUCUCCGUACAAGUUGCUCAUGUCUGCCACCCUGAACUCCGACGGCGCCCUCGAGGACCCGCCGGCCGGCGCGGACGAGGUUCCGUUCCCCUUUGAGUGGACGACGAUCUCGCUCUACUUUGCAAAAUCUGGAUCAACCCUAGAGAUGGAGAUGUUCACCCAAUUUCAACUCAAUCCCCCGGACGACCGGUUUGGCACUGGCCGAAUCGACCUCCGCUUCCGCUACGCCAGCGGCUUGUGGGAGCUUGGGGGCCAUGCGGACAACAUCCAAGUUGGAUCGAUUGCCCCGUGGUUUGAUCCAAAUUUGCAGAGCGAAGUCCUGGACGUCGUGGGAAAGCUGAAGAUCGUAUCUGUCGAUCUUGCCUACUCGUUCGAAAAGUCGGGCCCAAAGCAGAAGGCUUCCGCAUUCACGUUUGAAGGACUUAUCGAAAUGGGAGAAUUGCAACUCUCUCUGCUAUACCAGUAUCAAAAGAUCACCGAGGGUGCCCCCUCCGCUAGAAAGCUCUUGACGGGCAGCGAAAAGAAAUUGGGCCCGGUUGUGCGAGCAGCGGCCAAUGAAUCCACGUUCUGGCUCUUCGAGGCGAUCUUGGAUACUCCACAGCCCGAAACGACGUUGGCAGAGAUUGCCGAGUCGAUUGUCGAAGGGGCAGCGGCAGAACUUCCCAGUUUUGUUGGCGACAUCCAAGUGAAGAGCGACGACGCCGGGGCGGAGCUGAUGAGCCUCCGGGUUCAAAAAUCCGGCUAUGGAGGGGUGCAGCGGGUUGUGUUUGUCUUCAAUGUGAACAUUGCCACCCUAGAAUUCACUUUUGCCCAGGUGUCGUCGAAAAUUGGGACGAGCAAUGCGACCAAGAGAUUGCUCAGGGUGGCCGUCGAGAAGAUACCAUUGCUUAGCGACUUGCCAGUAGUCAAGGAAUUGCCACAGCCGUUCGACGAACUCCAGUACAUGUGGUCCCAGACCGCCGGACUUGUGCGAACGGAGGUCGAGGCGCUGAACCAGAACCUUGGAGAAGGGAACGAAUUGAUGUUCAAGGCUACUACAAAAUCCUCCGUCGACCCGACGUCUAACAAGGAUCCCGUCGUGUUCGCCGAAGGACACCAUUUCGUUGUGGUCAACGAUGGGCAGGCCAUCCUGGACCACGUAUUCAAGCCGACGAAGAACCAGGGCUCGACCACCGUCGCCCGGACACUGCGAGCCGGUGAUUCCACACCAGCGGCCAGCCUUGCCGCGUCGGACGAAGAAUCCAAACCGUCAAAGGGCGCUCUGAGCAAGACAACGCAAUUCCUUAGCAUCAGCGGUGUCACCUUCCAAUAUAAGGGUGAUCGUCUCUGGAUAACUCUUGACGCCACGGUGGUAUUGGGCCCACUCGAGUUCUCCCUCCUUGGCUUUGGCGUCGGGCUGAAUCUGAGUGCAGUCAGCCUCAACCAGCUCGACAUAGUGAAGCUCGAUCCGCAGGUGCAGCUCCGCGGCAUGGCUGCCUCCUUCGACAAGCCACCGAUCCUCAUUGCCGGCAUCUUCGAAAUGGACGAGAGAGAAGUCAAUGGCCAGCACAUCAAGUCUUACCGCGGCGGCGUGGGCUUGACGAUCCCCCCCUACGCGUUUGUUGCCGUCGGCGAAUAUGCCGAGGUCGAGGAGGGCAGCGAAAAGUACAAAUCCGUCUUCAUCUAUGCCAAACUCGACGGUCCACUGAUCGACUUUCAAUUUGCGAUCCUGCGUGGUGUCCGAAUUGGAUUCGGGUACAAUUCGCUCAUCCGGUCUCCUUCGGUCCGCGAACUUCACCGAUUUCCUUUGAUCAGUGACAACGGAACAAGUGGAACUGGAAAUAACCCCAUGGAAAUCCUGGAAAACAUGCGAGGAGGCGACAACCCGUGGAUACAGCUCAAGAACAACAGUUACUGGCUCGCCUUUGGACUGACUAUCAGUUCGUUCAACAUUGUUAACUGUACGGCAGUUGCUCUCGUCUCCUUCCGGGCCAACGGAGUCAUUUUCAGCAUCUUUGGCGACGUUAUCUGCACCCUACCACCGAGUCUCAACGCGAACGCCGCCUUCAGACUGUUCUACGUCGAGAUUCUCAUGAACGCAGAGCUGAAUUUCGUCGAAGACUGCUUCAAGGUGCAGGCCGCUCUGGCGCCGUCGUCCUUCCUACUCGUCCCCAUGGCUCGGCUCCGCGGCGGAUUUGCCUUGUACACGUUCUUUGGCCGGAGUCCGCACGCUGGCGACUGGGUGUUCUCGCUGGGCGGAUACCACCGGAAAUUCUCUGUGCCGAGUCAUUAUCCCCGGCCGGAGCGGCUGGGUCUCGACUUUUCGAUUGGGAUCAUCAGCAUCGAAGGGAAGGGAUACUUUGCUCUCACACCCAAAGCCGUGAUGGCGGGGGCAUUCAUCCACUGCGAACUCCACGUGGGUCCUGUGUUUGCGUAUCUGGAUGCCGCAUUCGACGCGAUGGUGCAAUUCGAACCAGUGCACUACUGGGUGGACAUGCACGUUGAAGUCGGCGUGGAAUGUCGCGUUCGACUCCUCUUCGUCACGAUCCACAUCUCAAUCUCGAUAGGAGCCGAGCUCCACAUCGAAGGGCCCGAAUUUGGAGGCAUUGCUCAUGUUGAUUUCUGGUUCUUCUCCUUCGACAUCGAGUUUGGCAAGCGCCCAAGCCUCCCGGCUCCGCUCACGCUCGCCCAAUUCUACGAUGUGUGCGCCAAAGCCGGGCCGCCCGACGCAGCCAACGGCCGAACGGAGCCGCCGGAGGGUCUUGUGCUGGAACUCAAGUUCAGCCUCGAGGACGGCAACUUUGUCAUGCCAACGGAAGACACGCAGAAAGACGCGAAUGGCAAUCCCGUGCCUGUCACCGAGCCGACCAGCACGGGCGCGGGGGCCAAAUGGUUCGUCAAGGGCGGCAGCUUCAAGUUCCGCGUGUCGUCGGUGUUCGCGCUCUCGGCUGCACGCAUCGAGACGCCCGAGAGCGGCGAGGACGAGUGGAUCGACGAUGUCGGCUACGCACACGACCUGCCCACUCAGGAGGGGUCCGGGGACAUGGAAGCUGUGGAAGGCCUUGACGAGAUAGAGUUGUUGUCAGCGCGCCCCAUGGGCGUGUCGCGCGCGAUCAAGGCGCCGCUCUACGUCGGCAUCCGCGACGCCGACACCCCGGAGCGCGUCACGACCGGGUGGACCGCGUCCUUUGUGAUCCAGCAGAUGCCAAAGCAGAUGUGGCUCGACCCAGGCCAGAGCAUUGACGCGCUGUCCCGCGAGAAGGGCAGCAUGCCGCUUCGUAUGGGGGUCCAGUUCGAGGCGCCGCCGCCGGUGCUGGCGGUGUCGAAGAUCCCGCCUUUCAACGCCACGGACAUGUCCAAGUUCAAUGUCGCGCACAAAGACCUGCCCGACCACGAGGCUGAGCAGGAUGUAUUUCUCCCAGCGCCACGGGAUGCCGCAGGCGUGCCAGCAACGUGGCCCGCCAUGCAGGAAGCGUGGGCAGCGACGGCGGCCCUGUGGGAUCGACCAUCGGAGGAGGGCGAACCUGUGGAAGAGGCAGGGCUCGCGCGGGCGAUGCUCACAGCGUGCAUGAGUGCUCUCGCGUGGGACAAGCCGUCACCGGAGACGCUGGCGCACGUCAACACGGACGAGUACACGCCGUGGGAGCUGCCGGACGUCAAGUUCCCAGAGCGGUUGGUGAAGGGGACGACGGUCGGGGGUGGAGAAGUCAGGGACGGGUUUGCGAACUAUUAUCUGGAGUUGCCGAGGGUGGUGGCUGUUUAA